AUGACUGAAGAUCAAGAUGCAAAAGAUUCGCAGUCAGAUUCGGGCAGUAAAACCUUUAUUAAUAAGAACAAGGACAAGAAAACAAAAACCCAACGGCCGCUGACCAAAAUUAUACUUCGGCGGUUACCGCCUACUAUGACUGAGGAGGCGUUUUUGGAGCAGGUUUCGCCGAUACCUGAACAUGACCAUUUCUAUUUUGCUAAGCCAGACCCUUCGCUUGGCAAUAACCUAUAUUCCAGAGCUUACAUAAACUUCGUUAAUGUUGACGAUAUUUACUUAUUUAGAGAUAAAUUCGAUGGAUAUGUAUUUCUAGAUGAAAAAGGUGUAGAGUAUGUGGGAAUAGUGGAGUAUGCCCCGUUCCAAAGAAUACCCAAGAAAAAAAAGAAGAAAGACCCCAAAUGUGGUACCAUAGAGAGUGACCCCAUCUAUCAAGACUUUGUUGAAAGUCUCAAAAAAGAUCCUGAGACUGAAAAUCAACCAAAACUUGAAUAUUCUUAUCCUGUUAACGAUUCCAAUGACAAGAAAGUACAAUCCACUCCAUUGCUGGAAUACCUUGCUGCUCGAAAGCAGGAUAAGCGAGGAAGAGAUGAGCGUCGCAGGAGAGAGAAUGACAAGAGGAAAAUGAGGAUAGAAAGGAAAACCAAAGACUCUAUUAAGGAGGAAGAGACUGCAGAAGGUGAAGUCAAAAAAAUCAAAUCCAGAGAAUGGGAAAAAGAAAAAGCAAGUGAUGCCAGGGAUGACCAGGUGAAGUCUGAUGGGAAAGAUGGAUCUGUAUUUGAAUCUAAAUCAUAUAGAGACCAGCGCAAGACUGGUGCUACUGUUGUAAGUGACAAGAAGAAAAAACCUGAUUCUGAUAAAAGAGACGCCAGAGACGACGACCAGGUCGAGGACGACGACAUGGGAUACAAGAAAGAUAAACGGGAGAAUACUAAAUUCAGUAAGGAGUCACCCCGCGAGGUGAAGAGUAAAAAGUAUAGUGACACUAGGAAAGAGAGAAUAAAACAAACUGAAGUUGGGAAAUCAGACAAACAAUCAGCUAUAAACAAAAUCAUGUCUUCUGACAAUAAAGUUAAGUCUAUAAAUCAUGACGACAUCAAACCAUUCACUCAACUGCCCCACGUAAAGACUGACGACUUGACUAAGAUCAUCGAGGGAAUGGACAAGAAAGUGAAGCUCAGUGAUAGUAGUAAGGAGUCCAAUGAUGACUCAACCUCUAAGAGCUCCCCUGUAGGUGUGUCAAAGAUGAGGAGGAAUAGCUUGGAGUCUGGGGAAAUGCCUGUCAAGGAUGAUUUAGUUUUGAAAAGGCAAAAUUCUCUGGACGACAGAAGCAAAUCCACUGACAGGGAGGGUUCGGAGGAGAAGGAGAAGAGUGAGAGUGGUGAUCGUCGGACGGAAAGGAGAAUUAGAAAUAAGGAUCGUCCAAGCCUCGUGAUCUACCAGCCGGGAAUGGGGAAGUUCAGCAAGCAGCGCCUGGCCAAGGAGAAGGACACGCCGCCGCCCGCCAAAAGUAUAAACGAUAGUGAGAAGAAAGACACCUGA